UCCCCCAGAUGAGCAGCGGGGGGGAUGGGGAGGGAUGCCCGCUCUGGUUUAAUUGCAUUUAAUGAGCCUGAGGAGGCCGGCUGCCAGCGAGGGCUCUGCCAAGGCUCGAGUUCGCCCGUGAGAACUGCAGGGUGUGGCGGAAUCGGGGAUCCCGCCGCUCCCGGCGCUGCUCUUCCCACGGCCUCGGUGGGCACCGAGACACCCAGGAGCAGGAGGGACAUGAUGCCAUCCCUGGCUGCUGUGACCCCGUGCACCUCCCCACGGGUGCCCCAGGCCGUCCCCAUGGACCUGCGGAUUGGGCAGCGCGUGGUCAAGCCGCCCCAGGACACGGCGCUGCUGGCCCUGAAGCAGCAGCAGCUGCAGCACCAGCUCUUCCUGGCCAGCCUGCACCAGCAGCAAGUGGAGCAGCUCGCCCACCAGCACGCCAGGGUGGCCAUGGAGUCCCCGCACCGCGAGGCUGAGCCGGGGCAGCAGGAGCAGGAGCUGCGGCAGAUCCUCAACAAGGACAAGAGCAAGCGGAGUGCUGUGGCCAGCACGGUGGUGAAGCAGAAGUUGGCCGAGGUGAUCCUGAAGAAGCAGCAGGCGGCGAUGGAGAGAACCUGUAGCGCCCCCACGGCGACCCUGCCCUACAGGUCCUGUCCCUCUCUGUCCCUCCCUGUCCCCUCCUGUCCCUCUCUGUCCCUCCCUGUCCCCUCCUGUCCCUCUCUGUCCCUCCCUGUCCCCGCAGCGUCUGAGCCCAACCUGAAGGUUCGCUGCAAGCCCCGCAAGUGCCUGGAGCGGCGCAAGAACCCCCUGACCCGCAAGGAGAGCGCCCCGCCCUCGCUGCGACGGCGCCCGCCCGACGCCAUCGGUGACCGGGGCUGGGGAGCUGUGGCACCUCUGUCACCUGUGUCACCUCUGUGCUGUGUCACCUGUGUCACCUGUGUCACCUGUCACAGCACUGACCCUCGUUCCCCGCAGGCUCCCCUGGCCCAGCGGCUGCUGAUGCAGGAGAGUUCCCUGGCCCAGUUUGCCCUGCAGAGCGCGGCCUCGCUGCCGGCCAUCACCCUGGGGCUGCCGGCCCCCGCCGGGGCCAGGGGCGAUGCCGAGCGCCGUGCCGUGCCCUCGCUGUCUCACCGUGUCCCGGUGUUGCCGGCCCCGCCCUCGCCCGUUUUCAUCCCGGCCGGCCUGGAGCAGCACGAGGCCGGCGGCGCCCUGUCCCCGCGGCUGCAGCCCCUCAUCAUCCUCGAGCCCUCGGUCACCCACGCGCCGCUGGUGGCGGUGCCAGGCCUGGGCACGGUGCCCUUCUCCUUCGCCCCCUCGCUGGUCCCCGCCGAGCGCCUGUCCCUGCCCCACCACAAGCCCCUGGGCAGGACCCGCUCGGAGCCGCUGCCCCCCAGCCCCAAGGCCGUGCAGCAGCACCUGCUGUUCCAGCAGCACCACGCGCACUUCCUGGAGAGGCUCAGGCAGCAGACGCACCUGGGCAAGCGCAUGGCCAAGUCCAGCGAGAAGCCCCGGCUGCGGCAGAUCCCGUCCUCGGAGGACAUGGAGGCCGAGGGGACCCUGCCGGAGGUGGCGGCCGAGGGCGGGGACCUCGGCAGGACACGGGGGGAGCCGCCCCGGGCCGGCGGCAGCGGCAAGGAGCCCGAGAGGCCGCACAGGGUGGGGCAGCCCCAGGAGGAGCUGGUCCUGCAGCAGGCCCUCCUGUGGGACUCCUUCCAGCGGGUCCAGCAGCAGCUCCUCAAGCGCCAGCCCUUGGCCGACCCCCCCGUGGUCCCCGCUGGCCACCGGCCGCUGUCCAGGGCUCAGUCGUCCCCAGCCACGGCCACCAUGUCCCUCCCUGCCCAGGACACCAAGGCUCUGGCCCUGCCCGUGCAGGAGCAGCCGCCCAAGCCUCACUUCACCACAGGGCUGGUUUACGACUCGGUGAUGCUGAAGCACCAGUGCUCCUGCGGGGACAACAGCAACCACCCCGAGCACGCCGGCAGGAUCCAGAGCAUCUGGUCCCGGCUGCAGGAGCGGGGCCUGCGCGGCCUCUGCGAGGUGAACGGGGGGCUGGGCUGCUGCACCCCCGGAGCCCAUCCCAUCCCAUGGGGGGGGCGGCCGCUGUCCCCUCUCUCCGCAGGGAUCCUGUCCCAGAGGACGUUUGUGAUGCUGCCCUGCGGGGGCGUGGGGGUGGACAGUGACACCAUCUGGAACGAGCUGCACUCGUCCAACGCAGCGCGCUGGGCCGCUGGCAGUGUCACCGAGCUGGCCUUCAAGGUGGCCACCAGGGAGCUCAAGAACGGCUUUGCCGUCGUGCGCCCGCCCGGACACCACGCCGAUCCUUCCACAGCCAUGGGGUUCUGCUUCUUCAACUCGGUGGCCGUUGCUGCCAGGCAGCUGCAGCAGAAGGGGAAACUGAGCAAGAUCCUCAUCGUGGACUGGGAUGUUCACCACGGCAACGGCACCCAGCAGAUUUUCUACCGGGACCCCGAGGUUCUCUACAUCUCCCUGCACCGACACGACGACGGGAAUUUCUUCCCGGGCAGCGGAGCCGCCGACGAGGUGGGCGCUGGUCCUGGCGAGGGCUUCAACGUCAACGUGGCCUGGGCUGGGGGGCUCGACCCCCCCAUGGGGGACCCCGAGUACCUGGCAGCCUUCAGGACCGUGGUGAUGCCGAUCGCCCGCGAGUUCUGCCCGGACCUGGUGCUGGUCUCGGCCGGGUUCGACGCCGCCGAGGGCCACCCACCCCCCCUGGGGGGCUACAGAGUCUCUGCCAAGUGUUUUGGCUACAUGACCAAGCAGCUGAUGAGCCUGGCGGGCGGGGCCGUGGUGCUGGCGCUGGAGGGCGGCCACGACCUCACGGCCAUUUGUGACGCGUCAGAGGCCUGCGUGGCUGCCCUGCUGGGCCACGAGCCGGAGCCACUCCCCGAGGACUCGCUGCGCCUGCAGCCCAACGCCAACGCCGUGCGCUCGCUGGAGGCCGUGAUCCAGGUCCAGAGUAAAUACUGGGUGGCCGUGCAGCGUUUCGCCUCCAAGCUGAGCUGCUCCUUUCUUGAGGCUCAGCACCACGAGGCCGACGAGGUGGAGACGGUGACGGCCCUGGCGUCGCUCUCGGUGGCUGUGAUGGGGGACAAGAGGGCGCAGGAGGAGCCGAUGGAGCAGGAGGAGCCGUGAACCAGUGACAGGAUCCCGGUUCCCGUUUGUCCCCCUCGCUCCGGAUUCCUGGAAGGGACAUUCCCGCAUCCAUGGAGACCCCCGAGUCCCCCCCCCCUCAAUUUUGGGACCCCUCGGGAGGGGUGAAACCCCCCAGUCCUGCGGCACAGCCCCACCCCGAUCCGGGACCCUCCUCUCCGGGAAGGGUCGGACAUUGGGAUGGACGCUCGGAGCCCCCUGGGGGCGGCCCCCAGAGCCCCCCCAGUGCCCGGGAGGAGCAGCCCGGGGGCUCCAGGAGCUCCCCAAAAACUUCCCGGGCUCCCCUCGCGCUGCUGGGACACCGGGACGGAGCGGCAGUGACGGGGUUUGGGCACGGGGGGGAAUUCGGAGCGUUCUGAGGAAAUUCGGGGCAUCCUCUGGAAACUUCGGAGUGUUCUGAGGAAAGUUCGGAGCGUCCCGAGGGAAAUUCGGAACGUCCUGAGGAAAGCUCGGAGCGCCCUGAGGGGAAUUCGGAGUAUCCCGAGAAAAAUUCGGAGCGUUGAGGAAAAUUCGGAGUUUCCCGAAGAAGAUUUGGAGAGUCCCGAGGAGAAUUCGGAGCGCCCCGAGGAAAAUUCGAAGCGGGGCCGGAGCUCGGGCGGUGCCCGGGGUCCCCCCGGGCUCGCUGCCCCCGGGCUCAGGUGUGCACUCGGGACGCUGCCGGCGCCGAUGCGAGCCCGGCUCCUCCUCCCGAGGGAAUCCCGGCUCCAUCCCGGCUCCAUCCCGGCUCCAUCUCGUCUCCAUCCC